UGCUUUCUCUUCCUUUUCCCAGCAGAGUCCUGCCCACGGAGCUUGGACUGUGCCCUGCAGCGGAGGGAGUUCUGUCCGCCCGGCGCCCACUCCUGUGGCCCCUGCCUCCUGCAGUUCGUGGAAGAUGACCAAGGGAGAUGUGUCCAGAGGAAGCGCCUACCUAGUGGGAGGACUUCUAUUCCCAGCUUAGAGGAAGAAAUUGACUUCUUAGCCGAUGUGCUGUCCCGGCAAGAUGCCACUUACCAGCAUCUGCAACAGGACACAACGCCAGCCCCUGCAAGGAAGCUGCCUGAGGCCAGUGUGCUCAGAGGGGAGCCCUUGGAGAAGGACGCAACAGGCCACAAGGCACCAUCUCAUCCCACUGCUUCCACCAAGCCAGUACAGAGCGCUCCAGUUGAGGCAUCCCCUGUCCCUUCCAGUGACAUCCUGAUACUUGGGAUGAUAGUGGCAUGCACAGUAGCUGGGAUAUCUGCUUUAAUCGUGGCUGCCAUCUGUUGGUGCAGGCUGCAGAAAGAGAUCAGACUAGCUCAGAAAACAGACUACUCGGCUCAGAAGCUAUCUGGCCCCCUGCCAUAUGACAAGAUCUCGCCAGGGGAUAAGAAGCUGGCUCAGAGUGCCCAGAUGUAUCACUACCAACACCAAAAACAGCAGAUGCUCUCCAUGGAAAAACAUAAAGAAGAACCCAAGCUGCCAGACUCUGCAUCAUCUGACGAAGAGAAUGAGGAUGGAGAUUUCACUGUAUACGAGUGCCCGGGUCUGGCUCCGACCGGAGAGAUGGAGGUGAAGAACCCCCUGUUUGACGACUCUUCCUUACACCCUCCGAAUACCAAGCUACAUCAGUAACCGCUCCCUUCUGAGCUCGCUACGGACUUGUAUGCACAAUGCCAAAAACCAGCCUGGGCAGAACUCCAGAAACUCCCCUCCUCCCGAGGGGCUCUACAGAUGAGGCCGCCACCGCUGCUCCCACCAGGAUCCACUGCCGAGCUGUUAGAUGUCCACCGAAUAAACACCUGCUCACGGCUUGGGGGAGUCACUCUUGGCGUCCAGUUUCUCAUUGUUCUUUCUGUUGUGUUCAUGUACCACCCCCGCCCCAAAUUUCAUGCCCCAUGUUCUCUGCGCCAUCCCAGCUGCUUGCUAGUUCCCAGGCCUCCAUGGGGCCUCUGGUUCCUCUGGGGGGCAGGGAAGAGCAGCACAGGAGGCAGCAGUGUCCUCACCUUGGGCUUCUGUUAGUCCUUCCUCACUUCUGGUGAAGGGAGAAGAGUUGUUUCAAAGCACAAGGGUCUCUAGAGAGGAUGGAGGGAACAGGGAGACACCGACCUUGCUCCAUUGCCCUCGGUUCCAUAGAGCAUCUCACCUUUGCCAACAGCUCCAGUGCUGGCACCCACAGGUGGCACAGCUUAGAGCUGGCACAGUGGAAGACUAACUCUGUCUAGUGACUUGGGUUCCCAGAUUUCACCCCCUCCUUUGCUCCACCAGCAGAAAUCCUCCCAGGCCCUGGGGGGCUGGAGCAGAGUCAGCAAGCUGGAAACGAGCAGAGGGGAGGUUGAGAGAAAUGGCAAGCAGCCCUCCCCAGAGCACCCUACCCUGGGCAUGCAGAUUUUCUUGUCGCAGCCACCAGGAUUGUCCCAUCCUAUCAGCUAUUGGCGGGGGGGGGGGCACCCAUGUCAUCCCAAUCCAGGCCUGGGUUUUGGCCUCCCUGUUUUGGGCAGGCCAAAGUCAAAAAGGUUUAGAUGCGUUUUAUCCCUGGGGGCUGAUGGUAAGAAGCUUGCCCUGCUAAUGGUUGUAGCCUGACACAAAGGGUUUUAUAAACUCAUUAAUCCAUGUUUGUAGCACUUUUUGACAGAAAACCUGGCCAAGACUUACCUUCUGGGACUCCUUCUGUCCUUUGUAUCAAACCGUUUGUCCAAUAAACCAGCUGUUUGGGUUUCUGAUGGUGGGUUUCUCCAACAACUGCUGGCUUGUUUUGUUCUUCAAUAUAAGUGAUAUGCCUGGGCCUCUCCUGCUGUUUACAGGGGCCUUUCUGGUUGCUUAUCAACUGCUAAGCAACAGAAAGCCAGGAGCAGCAGGUGCAUUGCUAACCUCGGACAACUAUGGAUGGACAUACUACUGCAUUGGCUUAUUGUCAGAACCCACUGUCUGGCCACCUUGGUCAUUUCCAGGAGCAAGAAGGGAACCCGCAGAGACAUUUUGUUUUCCUAUGGAAAGAGUAUUGUGAAUUUUACUGAUAAACCCCAGUAAGAAAUAACUUUACCAUGUGUAACAUCAUCGACAUGACGAGCAUACUCAGCCUCGAAUGGGCAAGUUGCAAAGUUAGUUGUUCAGAAAUGUUAAAUAUGUUAUUUUUGGGCAAUUAUUGCUCCCUGGUGCAUGCUAAGGGGGGAGGGUGAAGAGGAAGGAGGCUCACCAGCUAUCAAGAAAUGAGGUAGAAAUCUCCACUUGUUUCUGAAGUUUUUUCCUUUCCCACCUCCUGCAAUAGAGAAUGGGGGAAACCCAAUGUCCAGCCACUUCAGAAGUGCUAGUAGCAGGGCCCAGAGACUAUUCAGCUUCUUGCCCACUUUUCACCUAAAUUCCUAGCCAGGAUUUGCUGUGUCUCAUGGAAAUGAACCUUUUCUGUUAGUGAGCACGUGGUGCUUGCCCAGUCCAAGGCUGCCAGGAGCCCAAGUGUUGACAGCUGGUUUGCACAGAAUGCAGAUUUCCUUUCUUCAUCAUCUUUAACUCACAAGCCUGGCCUAUUGCAUGCUGGGCCUUGCAGUCUUGGCAGGAAUUGCCUCUGUACUGAAGAUGAAGAUAGUUUUGGGUGCUGCUACAGAACUGCCCAGGCCAGAUCUACCUGAUGGUUCACAGGUGUCACGGAUGAAGCAGCACUCUUUGCGAGUGUGACAGGCAAGCACAGUCAGUCCGUAGGAAGCAGGCCCUUCACAGCUCGACUCCGUUUGGAGGGCAAAGUGGGGAAUGGUGGGUUUCCUCUCCAUGUUGCUAACUGCCAUUGAAGCAUCCUUGUUUUGUUGUAGUGGUUCUCCCCAUGGCUGGCCAGAUCCAGUACAUGGAAUCAGCAAGGAUGUACAGCCCAGCGUUGAGCCUCAGGUCAUGUUUUGCACGUGCGGGUCCGCGGUAGACUCCCACGGGUGGAAUGCCGAGUUCUCUUUGUGGUUUCCUGCCCUUGCUUGUCCAUACGCAGCCCCCACUUUCUCUCUCCAGAGAAGAGUUGUAUUGUUUGCAUGUGUGUGAUGCACAUACAGACUUGGAGAUGCUAGUGAACCGGACUGCAUGAAGCUGCCACAAGGCAGAGCCUGGCUGGAGUUUGCAUAGCACCAGUUACAGCGUGCGUGUGAACACCUGCGUGAAGAUGGCAUGUCAGUCCUCAAAUUAAAGCCUCUAUCUUGUUUUAAUAGCAGAAACUGUCACUUUACAGUUCCUGGUUUUUGAUCGUACUAUGUUCAGUGUGGUUUCUUCUUGCACCCCAGCCCUAAAUGUUGUAUGGAUUGUAGUAAUUUUAGAAGAAAAUUUUAUUAAAUGACCAUAUUUCAA